AAAACCCCAGCUCCGGUUCAGCCUCUGUCACACCAGGACAAUGUAUGCCAACGCGGUGCUAUUGUGGACUGUGCUGCUGGCUUCUCUGCACAGCUCAGUGAGUCACAGUCCAGGGCUGAACUUGGGAGAAGACUAUGAGAUUGUCCGACCGGUCAGACUUCAUACGGUCCACAAGAGAGAAGCAGAGUCCCACAGACCCCAGACGGUUAAAUACUCUCUGAUUGUGAGAGGACAACCACUGCAGAUGCACCUGGAGAAGAACCUUGAAUUACUCACCAAAGACUACAGCGAGACUCACUACCUCAAAGACGGCACCCGUGUCACCACUGCUCCAGACCAGAUUGAUCACUGCUAUUACCAAGGAAAGAUUGUGGGUGACAGCGGGUCAGCAGCAAGUAUCAGCACAUGUGACGGACUCAGAGGGUACUUUCGGACAUCAGAGCAGAGGUUCCUGAUAGAGCCUUUGACCUCUGACCCUGAAGGGGCUCAUGCAGUAGCCCCUUUCACUGAAGAAGAGCAGUCCACUCCAGCCGUGUGUGGAGUCACCAACACCACAUGGGACGACGACUACGAACCGCCGACCAGCCGCAGCCGUUCCAGAUCAGGUGGUAUCUCCAUUGUGCAGCAGCAGAAAUACUUAGAACUUUAUCUGGUGGCUGAUAACAGACUGUACAUAAAAAUGAAGCAAGACCAGGUGGAACUGAGAAAGAGGAUGUUUGAAGUCGUCAACUUUGUCAACAUGGCAUACAAACCUCUGCGGACCUUCGUGGCUCUGGUGGGGCUGGAGAUCUGGUCCAGGAGAGACCUGAUAACAGUCUCUCCUCCAGCUGGAGCAAACCUGGACGCCUUCAUGAAGUGGAGGAACUCAGAGCUGGUCAAUAUGAAGAAGCACGACAACGCACACCUCAUCAGUGGAAUAGACUUUGAAGGGUCCACUGUUGGAUUGGCCUUCAUUGGAACACUUUGCUCAGGACACUCAGUCGGAGUGGUACAGGACCACAGUGACCGGGCGAUAGCAGUGGGGGCAACUCUGGCUCAUGAGAUGGGGCACAAUCUGGGCAUGAACCAUGAUGACUCCAGCUCCUGUGUGUGCCAAGGGGACAGCUGCAUCAUGGCCGCUUCACUCAGUUGGAACGUCCCUCGGAGCUUCAGCAGCUGCAGUGGGACUCACUAUGAGAAGUACCUGCUGAACCGGAGUCCCAGCUGCCUCCUGGAUAAACCACACUUCAAAACUCUGGAGUCGCCCCCUGUCUGUGGGAAUGGUUUUGUGGAGGUCGGAGAGCAAUGUGACUGCGGCACUAUAGAGGAGUGCACCAACCGCUGCUGUAACGCCUCCACCUGUGCCUUCAGUGAGGGCUCUCAGUGUGCAGAGGGAGAGUGCUGUGAGGACUGCAAGAUCUUGGGCCGUUCUCACGAGUGCCGGCACAAGCAGGAUGAAUGUGACCUGGCUGAAUACUGUGAUGGUGUGACCGCGCUCUGUCCAGAGGAUGUGUUCAACGUAAACGGUGUGCCCUGUGACAAUGGAAAAGGAUUCUGCUACAAUGGACAUUGUCCCCAGAGAAGCAGCCAGUGCAACAAGAUGUACGGGCCAGGGGCCAUAGAGGCACGCUCUGGCUGCUUCGACCAGAACACCAGAGGAACCUACUACGCCUUCUGCAGACGACCAGCUUCUGACCAGUACAUCCCCUGCCAGAAACAGGACAUUUACUGUGGAAAACUGUUUUGUCAUUACGGGAGUGAUAGUCCGAACUAUGGGCGGAUGGUGCGAGUUGGAGACUGUAAAGCCACUUUCUACGAUGACUUCACAAAAGACUACGGACAGGUGGAAACCGGGACCAUGUGUGGAGAUGGGAUGGUGUGCAGUCGGAAUGAGUGUGUGGACUUGGAAACAGCCUACAGGAACAUCAACUGUUCUGCCAAAUGUCCGGGACAUGCGGUGUGCAACCACAAAAAUCAGUGUCAGUGUAAACCUGGGUGGAUGCCUCCCCAUUGCGACACACAGGACGGAGAAUUCACAGCCAUGUCCACAGGGGUGAUAGUGGGCAUCUGUGUGGCGGUCCUUCUGGUGCUUCUUGGGAUCGUCGCAGGAGUCGUGGCUGUUAUGUGGAAAAAACGCCAGGGUCCAGUGUUACCGACCACUCAAACCCAGAGGAAGCCAUACCUCACUCAGAAACCAGUGCAGCCAUCGCCAGCUUUGCCUGCUAAACCGAAGCCCAGAGGUGCGCCCCCUCCACCGCCCCCUGCUGGAAUCAGGACCAAACCGCAGCAGAACUACACAGCUGUCAGACAGGCUUUAAGACCAGUCCCCCCGCCUAAAGUCUGACACCAUCACCAACUGCACCACAAUGGACUGUUACUUUGCCAUUUGAAUGGACUCUUAUAUUUAUAUUUGUACCAAAAAUCUACUGUUGUUUUUUUUUGUUUUUGUUUUUUUAUUAUGAGCCUUUGCUACAUGAAAUAUUGCACAUUGUCUAACACUGUAAUGUUUAAAAAAGACUGAAAUGAUCGAUAUUAAUGUGUUAUAAAAAUGUAGAAA